CAACAAUGAUAACUGAUGAGACUAAGAAGGAAUUGGGAAUACAGUAAUUGUAAUACAUGUUUUUCAGAUCCCAGAGAAAUUAUUAAUGAUUUGUUUUUGUUAAAACUAAAAACAGAUGAUGAUGACGACUAUUAUACAGACUCUGAAGAGAUUGUGUCACGUACGCUGUUUCCUGAGAGUUGGAUUUGGGAGGAGAUUGAUCUACCCACUUGCAGAGAAAACCACUGUGGAACAACAUCAAUCACAAAGGAGAUCUUCCUGAGAGACUCUAUCACUACCUGGCAGAUCUUGGCUGUCAGUCUGUCACCAACACUUGGCAUCUGUGUGGCAGAACCUGAGGAGAUGGUCGUUUUUAAGAGAUUUUUCAUUGACCUAAAGAUACCUUACUCAGCUGUGCGCGGCGAACAACUGGAAAUCAAGGCCAUUAUUCACAACUACACCCCAAUGCAUCUGAAGAAGGUGCGUGUGGAGUUCAUGGAGACAGAAGAUGUUUGCAGCUUUGCCAGUAAGAAAGGCAAAUACAGAACAACAGUAUCUGUUGACAAAGGCUCCAGCAUAGCCGUUUCAUAUGUGAUUAUUCCCAUGACGCUGGGAAGUCAUGAUAUUGAGGUGAAAGCUUCAGCAUUUGAUUUCUCUGAUGGAGUGAGAAAGCCGCUGAAGGUGGUGUCUGAGGGUGUGCUGAUUCCAUUACAAAGAGAAAAUGUGGAGCUCAAUCCUGUUAAAAAUGGGGAAAACCCUUUAGUUUUUAAAGCUGACAUACCAGCUGAUCGUCUUCCAGACACACCUGCUCUCACGUACAUCUCAAUUACUGCUGAAGAGAUCGCUCAGACAGUCGAGCAGGCCAUCAGUGGAAGCUUCAUGGGGCGGUUUAUUGUUCAGCCUCGUGAUAAUGGAGAGGAGAACAUGAUGCUUAUGACUCUACCUCUCACAGCCACUCAUUAUCUGGACAGCACCAAUCAGUGGGACACUGUUGGCAUGGAGCGCCGUGAUGAAGCUGUUAACCAUAUCAGCACAGGUUAUCAGCGGCAGCUGGGUUACCGUAAAUCAGAUGGAUCCUAUGCUGCAUGGAUACACAGACCGAGCAGCACAUGGUUGACAGCAUAUGUGGCUAAAGUCUUCAGCAUGGCCCAUAACCUUGUUAUUAUAGAGGAGAAUGUGCUCUGCAGCGCCCUUAAGUGGCUGAUUCUCCACAAACAAAUACAAGACGGCUCUUUUAAAGAGGAAUCAGCUGUAAUUCAUGGAGAGAUGGUGGGUGACGUGCGUGGCAAAGAUGCUGAUGCCUCUCUGACGGCCUUUGUCGUGAUUGCCAUGCAAGAGGCCAGAGAGAUCUGUGCUGGAUCAGUUGGUAGUCUGCAUGAAAGUAUCAGGAAGGCUGUUUCUUUCUUGGAAGGUCGGCUUCCACAACUGACCAAUCCUUACGCUGUAGCGAUGACAUCCUACGCCAUGGCCAAUGCCAACAAACUCAAUAAAGACAUCUUGAUGAAACACUCCACCCAACACGAAGCCGGUCGGUCCUGGACUGUCCCUGGACAGCACCAUCACUCACUAGAGGCGACGGCUUAUGCUGUGCUGGCGCUUGUGAAGGACAAAGACUUUGAUAAAGCAGGAGAAGCAGUGCACUGGCUGAACAGACAGCAGUCUCACUAUGGAGGAUCUGGCACCACUCAGGCGACCAUCAUGGUGUUCCAGGCCGUGGCAGAGUAUCGCACGCAGGUGAAGGACCGGCAAAACUUCAAUCUGAACGUGGAGCUGUCCGUGGCAGGAAGAAGCAAACCUGUCAGAUGGGCUUUUAAAAGAGAUAAUAUGCAUCUUACUCGGUCAUACAAGGUGGAGAUAAACCAGGACUUCAAUGUAACUGCUAAAGGAACUGGAACAGCCACUCUCUCAGUUCUGACGCUGUACUACGCCAGACCUGUUGAGAAGAAAUCUGACUGUACUUUCUUUGAUCUGACUGUUAAAAUGGAGAAAGACAAUGAAGCUAAACAAGGAGCCAUUGCAAGUUACAAGCUCAUUAUGGAUUUCAUCUACAAAGAUGAUAAAACUGAUGCCACCAUGACUAUUCUAGACGUUGGUUUACCGACUGGAUUUGAAGUUGAAGAAAGUGAUCUUAAAGAGUUGUCUUCAGGGAAGGAGAGAUACAUUCAGAAAUAUGAAAAGAAUAAAGUUCUUUCAGAGCGAGGAUCCCUCAUCCUCUACUUAAAUAAGGUUUCUCACAAAGAGAAAGAAGUAAUUUCCUUCAGAAUGCACCAGAUGCUUAAUGUGGGUCUGCUUCAACCUGCUGCAGUCACGAUAUAUGAAUAUUACUCACCAGAUGCACGCUGUACAAAGUUCUACCACCCUGAAAGGAAAGAUGGUGCGAUAUACAGACUGUGUAAAGGAGACCUGUGCCAGUGUGCAGAAGAGAACUGCAGUUACCAGAGGAAGAAUCGGGUCAGUGAUGAGGAGCGUUUGAAAAGAGCCUGUGAAGCUGGCAUGGAUUAUGCUUAUAAAGUCACAGUGGUGGGAAUGGAUCUGAAACAGGACUCUGACAUCUAUAGCAUGAAGGUGGAGCAGGUACUGAGAGAAGGCACUGAUGGGGAAGUUGAGGGGAAAGUGAGACCAUUCCUGACUCGUCCCGGUUGCAGAGAAUAUUUAGGAUUGGUAAAAGGCAAGUCGUACCUCAUCAUGGGCAGAUCCGUUUACCUGAGAGAGCUCGGGGGAAGUCUGCAGUAUGUUUUUGGAGAGCAGACCUGGGUUGAAUACUGGCCUACAAGAGAGGAAAGCCCAACUCCAGAACACAGGGAGCGAUACAUCGGCAUCACUGAGCUCAAGAAUAGCCUUCUCAAUUAUGGAUGUGCUAAUUAAAUAUACAGCAGUCAACAUUUAAGUGGAUCAAAAAUUUCAUCAAAGUUGUUCUAAGACAAGAACAGGUAUUGUUGACUACUGUAGUAUAACAACUAUUUCUUUACUACAGGAAAUGUAACAUUAUCUUCCGCAUACUCUAAAUAAAUUGUUCUUGAUGAUGAUAAUGCUUUUCACCCAAAUAUGCUGGUGUAAUUCCAUAAUAAAACUUGAACUUGUCCAUGCACGAUUAAUCAUGACUUGUUUAAUCAUGUA